UGGUUGGAGGGUGGGAUCACAAGGAUAUAUCCGCUCUCGUUGAAGCCUCCCUAAUUCCCCCCGCAGCUUUCUGGGGCUCCUUGCCCUCGUGGUGGCCUGCAAAUGCAGUUACAGCCCAGAGCCUGACCAGUGGUGGAUGAUACCCCCAGGUUGGGUGCGCUUGGGCCGUGCAGCCCCGGAGGAAGAGCUGAGUCUCACAUUUGCCUUGAGGCAACAGAACCUGGAGAGACUUGCUGAACUGGUGCAGGCUGUGUCGGACCCUGCCUCUCCUCAAUACGGAAAAUACCUGACCCUGGAGGAUGUGGCUGAACUAGUGCGGCCAUCAUCACUGACUCUCCGCACAGUCCAAAAAUGGCUCUUGGCGGCUGGAGCUCGAAACUGCCACUCAGUGACCACAGAGGACUUUCUAACUUGCCAGCUGAGUGUCCGACAGGCAGAGCUGUUGCUGUCUGGGGCUGAAUUUCAUCACUAUGUGGGAGGUCCUGCAGAGACUCGUGCUUUACGAUCCUCUAGUCCCUAUCAGCUCCCGAAGGCCUUGGCCUCCCAUGUGGACUUUGUGGGGGGGUUGCAUCGCUUUCCUCCCAUAUCAUCACUGAAGCAACGCCCUAAGCCACAGGUGGCAGGGAAUUUUGGCCUGCACCUGGGGGUCACUCCAUCUGUGAUUCGUGAGCGAUACAACUUGACAGCACAAGAUGUGGGUUCUGGCACAACCAACAACAGUCAAGCCUGUGCCCAGUUCCUGGAACAGUAUUUUCAUGAGUCAGACCUGGCUGAGUUCAUGCGCCUCUUUGGUGGGAAAUUUGAACACCAGGCGUCUGUAGACCGUGUGGUCGGGAAACAGGGUCAGGGCCAUGCUGGAAUCGAGGCCAGUCUUGACGUGGAGUACCUGAUGAGUGCUGGUGCCAACAUCUCCACCUGGGUCUACAGUAGCCCUGGCCGUCAUGAAUCACAGGAACCCUUCCUGCAGUGGCUCCUGCUGCUCAGUAACCAAUCUUCUCUGCCACAUGUGCACACUGUGAGCUACGGUGAUGAUGAGGAUUCACUCAGCAGCGUCUACAUCCAGCGUGUCAAUACCGAGUUCCAGAAAGCUGCUGCUCGGGGCCUUACCCUCCUCUUCGCCUCAGGUGACAGUGGAGCUGGAUGUUGGUCUGUCUCUGGAAGACAACAGUUCCGUCCCUCCUUCCCUGCUUCCAGCCCCUAUGUCACCACAGUGGGAGGCACAGCCUUCGGGAAUCCUUUCCUAGUCACAAAAGAGGUUGUUGACUAUAUCAGCGGUGGUGGCUUCAGCAAUGUGUUUCCACGUCCUUCAUACCAGGAGGAAGCUGUAAACAAGUUCCUGAGUUCCAGUCCCCACUUGCCACCAUCCUCUUACUUCAAUGCCAGUGGCCGUGCUUACCCAGAUGUGGCAGCGCUCUCUGAUGGCUAUUGGGUGGUCAGCAAUGGUGUGCCCAUUCCAUGGGUAUCUGGCACCUCGGCCUCUACACCAGUGUUUGGGGGAUUGCUGUCCCUGAUAAAUGAACAUAGACUCCUCAGUGGCCGUCCCCCUCUUGGCUUCCUCAACCCAAGGCUCUACCAGCAGCAUGGGGCAGGACUCUUUGAUGUAACCAUUGGCUGCCAUCAGUCCUGUCUGAAUGAAGAGGUGCAAGGUGAAGGCUUCUGCUCUGGUCCUGGGUGGGAUCCUGUGACAGGCUGGGGAACACCCAAUUUCCCAGCCCUGCUGAAAACAUUGGUCAACCCUUGAUCCUGUCUUGGUAGGAGAUAAUGAGCCUCUCUCCUGCCCCACAGCUAGUGACUUGGUAUCUGAAUCUGCACUGUUUGAAUCCCUACAGAUCCCUCAAUGUAACUGCCGCUGAUUGCUUCUAUCCUAUACCCUAAAAUGCUGUAAAUUUGAUGUGACUGCCAAUCUUUCCAUCAUAUGCUCAGGUCUUUCUCUAUCCUUGCUUCAUCUUUGGCAGCUGCUUUAACCAAUAUUGUUUGAGAGCCCACAGCUUCCAAUUCUUCUCCCUCAUUUAUCCUCUCUCAUUUCAACUAGACUUCCCCCAAGGCUUGUCUACAAUCUCUUUGUUUCACCUCAUGUCUGCUCAUUACUGUAUUGCACUGAUAACUCUGCUCUCUCACUUUCCCCAUUU